GCAAGCUAAAUGCGGUGUUUCGGACUCUCACGAGUUGUGCUUGAAAACAUUGUGUGAUUUAGUGCGAGAUUGAAAUGGUUGUUACGUGCGAGAUCACUUUCGAUAAUAAUCGGCAAGGCACUUUCUUUGCUGGGCAGUUAGUUAGCGGAUGUAUUAUUCUAAAGUCGGAUAAAAUUAAGGAAGUGCAAGCUGCGCUAGUUAAAGUCGUGGGCUACUCUGUAACCAAAUGGAGCGAGAGGCGACUGGCAAACACAAAACUAUUCUCCGGUCGGGAGGAUUACCUAUCAUCGCAGACCUAUAUAUUAGGCUCAGAGCAAUCUACUGACAGACACAUCAUACAAGCGGGUGUACAUAAUUAUAAUUUUGCCUGCCAGCUUCCCUAUCAGUGUCCUUCGUCCUUUGAGGGUCGUUAUGGCUGCAUACGCUAUAUAGUCAAGGUCUUGCUGAUCCGGCCCUGGAAAUAUGAUCAGGUCUAUACGCACGGCAUAACAGUACUGAAAAUGAUGGAUCUAAACUUUGAAACACCGCAGCUCAGGUUAGCCGCUCACAGCGAGAACUAUAGGACCUUCUGCUGUGGACCCUGCAAGACGGCGCCACUUAAAAUGGAGCUGAAACUCCCCCAGGCUGGCUACGUGCCCGGCCAGCGUAUACCAGUUACUGUGCUUGUAAUCAACAAUAGCGGUGUGGCCGUCUCCGAGGUACGCCUCUCUAUAGUCAUGCUGGUGAGGUAUUUUAGUAUUACCCCCGAGCAUUCUCGCGUGGAUCGAAUUAUCAUUGGCCGCGCCAAAGGCGAUUCGGUGCUGCGGCGUUGCACGCGUUCCACAACGAUUUAUAUGGAUGUGCCUAGUACCCCUCCUACUUGCCUCAAUGUGUGCAAUCUGAUACAAAUCGCUUAUCAACUGGAGGUGGAGGCGAUAAUCAAAAGCCUACAGAAGCAGCAGCUGAUCACCAUGCCAAUCACCAUAGGCACCUGGCCAAUCGGUAUUAACUCGGACUCGGGGGUGGUGCAGCAGCAGCCACCCAGACGCAGUGCUCGCUAUGAGCCAUCGGCUGAAUUGCCCGUGGUGGCGGCUCUCGAAAACGAAUUGUCGCUCAGCUCUCCAGCAGUUCUGCCUAAAUUUGAGGAAUCAAAACAUACUCUGCGCGGCAAUAUCAACGAGGAAGAGAUUCACGCCUUCGGUGUCAACGAAUUUGCGCCUUUAUAUCCAGUCUAUAGCACUCCCGAUCUAGCGCCUGUGCUAUCCGCCAACAGUCUGAAUAUAGGUGUCAUCAACCAAAGCUAUGAAAAGUGAGCUUUGGCGCUUUUGAGGCUUGUUGGUGAAGCUCACGAUUUUUGAUUAAUAUAAAAUAAAUAAAAUGAAAUAUAUUUGCGUCUCAAUUACAGAGAUUUACAUUGUACAAUAGGAAAUACCAAAGCUGUUGAUUUAUCACAGUUUAAAAAGGUUGAAAACCUUACUUAGUAUACAAUAUAUACCAAAAUACUUGUAUAAUACUUUGUUAAGG